AUGGCGGAAAAUGAGGUGGAUUUGGACUCCAUCAUAGACAGGCUCCUGGAGGUGCGGGGCAGCAGGCCUGGCAAGCAGGUGCAGCUGCUGGAGACGGAGAUCCGAUACCUGUGCACCAAGGCCCGAGAAAUUUUCAUCUCGCAGCCUAUCUUGCUCGAGCUUGAGGCGCCGAUAAAGAUCUGCGGUGACAUACACGGCCAGUACUACGAUCUCCUCCGUCUGUUCGAGUACGGCGGAUUCCCACCGGAAGCCAACUACCUCUUCCUCGGCGACUAUGUCGACCGUGGGAAGCAGUCCCUCGAGACCAUCUGCCUGCUCCUCGCGUACAAGAUCAAGUACCCCGAGAACUUCUUCGUCCUCCGCGGCAACCACGAGUGCGCGUCCAUCAACCGCAUCUACGGGUUCUACGACGAGUGCAAACGGAGGUACAACAUCAAGUUGUGGAAGACCUUCACCGACUGCUUCAAUUGCCUACCAAUUGCGGCCAUCAUCGACGAGAAGAUCUUCACCAUGCACGGCGGUCUAAGCCCCGACCUGAACUCGAUGGAGCAGAUUAGGCGCGUGAUGCGACCCACGGAUAUCCCCGACUGCGGGCUCCUCUGCGAUCUCCUGUGGUCCGAUCCCGACAAGGACAUUACCGGAUGGAGCGAGAACGACAGAGGUGUCAGCUUCACGUUCGGCCCCGACGUCGUCUCCCGCUUCCUGCAAAAGCACGAUAUGGACCUCAUCUGCCGCGCCCACCAGGUCGUGGAGGACGGCUACGAGUUCUUCUCGAAACGCCAGCUCGUUACUCUGUUCAGCGCGCCCAACUACUGCGGUGAAUUUGACAACGCGGGUGCAAUGAUGAGCGUCGACGAGAGCUUGCUCUGCUCCUUCCAGAUCCUGAAGCCAGCCGAGAAGAAACAAAAGUACGUCCCCAGUCUUGGCAGCGGCAGACCGAUGUCUCCUCGCAACAAGAAGUCCCAGAAGUAG